CAAAUACUUUGCUGCCUCUGUAGCUGCCAGACCUGCUCCUGCUGCUCCUCAGGGAGAGCAUCUGGGGGGAGUACCCUGCUGACCACCGAGAAUAUAAUGAGCUCAAGCUACUGGAACGAGAUGAGCAGCAGCAGCUGUGGGACUCAGCAGCCCCCAAAGGGGCUGCAGUGCCAGCCCCAACACUACCACUGCUACCAUCAGUCAAGCCAAGCCCAGCAGUCUCCAGAAAAAAACGUAGUGUAUGAACGAGUGAGGACCUACAGUGGGCCCAUGAACAAAGUAGUUCAGGCCUUGGACCCCAUCGGCUCACGGGAAGUGCUCUCCCCUCUCAAAACUGCUUCCUCCUACCAAAACUUGGUUUGGAGCGACCAUUCCCAGGAACUCCAUUCUCCAACUCUGCAAAUAUCUACUUGUGCCCCAAGCUCUGUACAAAUAACCCAAAAUACUGAACAGGAACUCCAUUCUCCAACAGUGAAAGUCACUACAUAUCCACAGACCACUGUUAGGAGAUACAUAGUACAAAAUCCUGAACAGGAACCACUGUCUCCGCUCCUAAGAGGAGGCCAUUUCUUCCCAGGAAACAAUGUUAUCUAUGAAAAAACAGUACGAAAAGUGGAGAAGCUAAAUACAGAUAAGGAAUACUAUCCUCAAGUUCAGUGUCAUCGUCACAUUGUCCAACAGCCCCAGAUCAUCCAUUCUCCACACUGUCAACAAUGCCAUUCUAGCCAGCAAAUGCAAACCAUCACAGGAUGUGAUUCACUUUCUAUAAAUACUGGAAAUGAACUGUGCCAUGGUGGAUCAAGCCAUAUACAUGAUCAGGUGAUAAUUCAGGAUGAUGAACCUGAAAAAUUGGACCCCAAGUAUUUUGGAGAGUUGCUUGCUGAUCUAAGCCGUAAAAAUACAGAUCUAUACCACUGCUUAUUAGAACAUUUGCAGAGAAUUGGACGAAGCAAACAGGACUUUGAGUCUACAGAUCACUCGGAAGACAUUGAAUCCUUGAUUCCUAAUGGAUUGUCAGAGUUUACAAAACAGCAAAUUCGCUAUAUUCUGCAGAUGAGGGGUAUGUGCGAUAAAUCACUCCGGCUAGUGUUGUCCACAUUCAGUAACAUACGGGAGGAGCUUGGACAUCUUCAGAAUGACUUGACAUUACUGGAAAAUGACAAGAUAAACCUUGACAAAGACUUGGCAUUCAAAGAAACUCAAAUAAAAGAGUAUGAAGAACUCUUGGCAUCAGUGAGAGCAAAUAAUCGCCAACAGCAGCAAGGACUUCAAGACUCAACCUCAAAAUGCCAAGCACUGGAAGAAAACAAUCUCUGUCUUCGACAUACACUAUCAGAUAUGGAAUAUAGACUAAAAGAACUGGAAUAUUGUAAGCAUAAUUUAGAACAAGAAAAUAAAAAUCUUAGAAUACAGGUUUCUGAGACUUGCACAGGCCUGAGGCUACAGGCUAAAAUGGAUGAGAUUGGCAACCAUUACAUGGAGAUGCUAAAAAAUUUAAGAAUGGAGAAAGACAGAGAGAUCUGCAAGCUAAGGACUCAGUUAAACCACUACCAAAAAGAUGUUUCAAGAAGAGAAGGAAGUUGCAGUGACUUCCAAUUCAAACUUCAUGAACUGACAAGCUUGCUGGAAGAGAAGAAUUCCCUUAUAAAGCGUCAGUCAGAGGAACUCUCAAAGUUGAAACAAGAAAUAUAUUCAUCUCAUAACCAAUUCACCAGUGGUGGAAGAACUACCGUUACCACUAAAAAGUACAGAACACAAUAUCCAAUCCUAGGCCUCCUGUAUGAUGACUAUGAAUAUAUACCACCAGGUAGUGACACAGAAACUAUUGUGAUUGAGAAGACAGAAGACAAAUGGACUUGUCCAUGAAUGAAUUUCCAACUCAAAGAAGUUUUUUGUGUCUGCAUUAGCACUUUAUUUUUCCAUAACUAAAGGCCAAUCAAAAUUUUGAACCAUGCUUCCAGGAAAUCUAAUGUGAUGAAUUACUUCUGCAGAUGAGUUUCUCCAGACAUUUAUGAGACCUGAAUUUUUCUAUCACAUUUUUAUAUUCAAUAGCAAGACACCACUUGUUUAAAUUUCAAUUGCAGACACUGUAUGACAUAAUCCAUUAUUUUUCAAGAGGGUGCUUCCUAGCCACAUUUUACAGGUUAUUCCAUCAGAUUUUCUCUGAUAUUAGAUUUUACAGGUUUUCUCUGAUAUUAGAUGUGUAAUUAAGCUUCAAGAGUACUAUUUCUGACAAAACAGGCAAAAGACUAAUGAAUUUCAGAAAAUCUUUAAGUAGUGCAUGGUAUAUACAGCAUGUUUGCUUUUCUCACAUUAAACUUAUGGCUAAAAGAGAUGCUUUAUAACAUGCUAUUAUACUUCUUGGAGAGAUAAUUAAAUCAAAGGUGAUGGUUAAUUUUAUUUAGGGAAGUGGGAUAAUAUCUUUUUAAAUAGCUAAAUUUAGUAAAUCACAUAUGCUAUUAUGUUCCUAAGUACAUAUCACUAGGUUGGCAAAUCUAUUCUUUCAAAUCGUAUCAUCCCUGAAUGAGCCACCCACUUCCUUAAAAACAUGCAAUACCCCAUUGUAGUAGUGGGUGGAAGAAAGGAAGCUUUUUUAUAGUAGUAUAGAAAACAUAAUACUUGAACAGUGCAGAAAGGCUUAGGGAAUAAAAAUAGCAACAACUAAUAUUUGAUAUCUGUAUCGUACUUGGGAGAAAGGGAUUUUAUAGUAAAGUAUUUAAUGUACUUUGAAUUUGGCUCAUUAAUUGGGUUCUAAUGAUUCUACAAAGUGAACAAAAGUAUUUUAUAAACACUAGUAAAUAAGAAUGAAAUCUCUUAAUUUCAACCACUUAAUUUCAAAUUAAGAAUUAGCAAAAAUUAAAUGUCUGCAUUUGACAAAGUAUAGACUAAGGUAACAAAUAUAUUUUAGGAUACAUGUGAAUGAGGCUUUGCACUGAAAUAUCUGCAAAUAUCCAUAUAGAAUAUUCUCAUGCUUUAUAAUAAUUAUUCAUUAUAUUAAGAAACUAUUAAGAUAGGGACAGAUAAGGCAUUACACUACAACCAUAAGGUAGGAGAAAAUGCUUUUAUAAAAAUUUUCAAAUACAUCUUGACAUGAAGCUUAAAGCCAUAAUCAUACUUGGACUGAAAUGUUAAGCUCUAUAAUGUCAAUUGUUACAAUUCCUAUUUCAUCAAUAUUUUAUAAUAUAAGAUGUUUAUAUUCUUCAGAAACUUGAUCCAUGCAUAGAUCACUUGAUCCAUGCAUAGUGAACUGGGAUAACAAGGUACUUAUUUUACUUAACAAAUUUAAAUGUAUGUAUUGAUUUUCCAAUUUGUGAUUAAGAUCAAUAGAAACAGUAGUGAUGUUUUUCCCGGAGUUUCAUACAGCUUACCUCUGAAAAUGGCAAAGAUGUUGUCAAGUGAGGAAUGUCUGUUUAUCUAAUUUCUAUUCCAGUAUGUUUUCCUUUAGAUGUCAAAAUAAAUGGAUACUGCAAUGACAUGAAAAAAUUUGUUUAAGUGUCUAAAUAAAAUAUGUUAAGAAUCUG